GUAUGGACUCUCUAAACACUUCCCUACAAGUAGUGGAAGACUAGACCCAAGAAUCGCGGGUUGCUUGGCGGCCCCGCCAUGCCACUCGCGCUCAAUCUUUAUCGAUAAGACACUGCGGCCGAGGUCGCCGAGUGCUUUUAAAGCAGCCCAUUGAGUCCUCACACCAUUCUCGUCUGUCGGGCCUCGCAUCGCCCAGGCAAAUUCCAGAUCAAGAAAAUCUGUUUCUUAGAGAGAAGGCUAAAAUCCGGCCCGAGAAACGGUCAUGGCCGAAGACACGAGGGAAUCCAAGCCGAACGACCCUGUUCCUGCGGAUUCUGCGGCCGGCAACGCGGGUGCGACGGAGCCUCCGAAGAAGCUCCCCAAAGGCAUGGUUCUAGGGAAAGAUGGGAAGCCCUGCCGCUCCUGCUCGUCGAUCGAUGCAUUCACUUCCCAGAUGAAAUCGCCCCGCAUGGCGCGGAAGCCGGCACCUCUGAACGACUGCCCUGCCGACGUCGAGACCCUCGGGCGAAGCACCUGGACCCUCCUCCACACUAUCGCUGCCACCUAUCCCACGACUCCGACUGUGUCAGAGCAGUCGGACCUGACGAACUUCAUGAAGCUCUUCUCGAAGCUGUACCCUUGCUGGGUGUGCGCCGAGGACUUCCAGCAGUACAUCAAGAAGGACGAGAUUCGCGCGGCCAGCAGGCAAGACUUUGGCCUCUGGCUUUGCGGGGCGCACAACGAGGUCAACAAGAAGCUCGGGAAGCCCAUCUUCGAUUGUGCCAAAUGGGAGGAGCGGUGGAGGACGGGUUGGAAGGACGGCCGUUGCGACUAAUGCACGCCGUGUCCGAGCCGGAAACUUUUUACUCUCCGCUCCUAUAUCGCCUUGACCUUUUUGACUGUAUAAUACGGUUUAUGUACUGUACAGUACAGCCUGGUAGGACAUUCGAGUGCGGGCGCACUGCUGCCGCUGCUGCCAGAGCGAAAAGCAUUGGUCCAGCGUUUUCCCUUUUCUUUUGUCGAGCACGUUUAGACAUGGUUGGGCGCAGCGAUCCAGCGGCAUCUCUACUCUUGUAUUCUUGGUUAGGUACUCCGUGUCGCUUGUACGAUCUCGUGUUCAAAUAGAGAGAUUUGGGAGCCAACUUCUCGGAGUUGGCUCGGAAAUCUGCACCAGUCCGGGGGGGUUGAGAGCUGAGUAAGAGCGUGAUACCAUCAUCAUGGAUCAUACCACCCGCGCAUACCUACCUACACUACUACAUAGUAUGAUCAUGAUAAAAUGUGGGGCACUCCGUCCACAUCAGG